GGGGUGCUGGGGGAGGGGAGGCAGUAAGGAUCUGACUGUCGGGGAAAGGGAGGUGAUGCUUGAGCUCUGAAGAAUGAAGAAGAAUGAGCUUGGUGAAGAACGUGCUGGUGUUUCCGGCGGAGAGAGAGUGUGGAUGGGAGCUGAGAGGCGGCCCGCGUGGCUGAAGGGCAAGGGGAACGUGGGAGGUGUGGCUGUCAGGAAGAGAGAUCUGAUGUUCCUUAAAGAUGGCCUGAUAUGAAGGAAUCACGCCUCCAGCCUCCCCAAGCCCCCAGAGCUUCCCUGUGGCUGCCUUGUCCUUCAAGUCCAGGAGCUGGUUGAAAUGUCAGGAAUGGAAGCCAGUGUGACCAUCCCAAUCUGGCAAAACAAGCCACAUGGGGCUGCUCGCAGUGUAGUGAGAAGAAUUGGGACCAACCUGCCCCUGAAGCCAUGUCCCCGGGCAUCCUUCGAGACCCUGCCCAACAUCUCUGAUCUGUGUCUGAGGGAUGUACCCCCAGUCCCUACUCUGGCUGACAUCGCCUGGAUUGCUGCGGAUGAAGAGGAGACAUAUGCCCGGGUCAGAAGUGACACACGGCCCCUGAGGCAUACCUGGAAGCCCAGCCCUUUGAUUGUCAUGCAGCGCAAUGCCUCAGUGCCCAACCUGCGUGGGUCCGAGGAGAGGCUUCUGGCCUUGAAGAAGCCAGCCCUGCCAGCCCUAACCCGCACCACAGAGCUGCAGGAUGAGUUGAGCCACCUGCGCAGCCAGAUUGCUAAGAUAGUGGCAGCUGAUGCAGCUUCGGCUUCAUUAACGCCAGAUUUCUUAUCUCCAGGAAGUUCAAAUGUCUCUUCUCCCUUACCUUGUUUUGGAUCCUCAUUCCACUCUACAACUUCCUUUGUCAUUAGUGACAUCACCGAGGAGACCGAGGUAGAGGUCCCUGAGCUUCCAUCAGUCCCCCUGCUUUGUUCUGCCAGCCCUGAAUGUUGCAAACCAGAACACAAAGCUACCUGCAGCUCGUCUGAAGAGGAUGACUGUGUCUCUCUGUCCAAGGCCAGCAGCUUUGCAGAUAUGAUGGGGAUCCUAAAGGACUUUCACCGGAUGAAACAGAGCCAAGAUCUGAACCGGAGUUUAUUGAAGGAGGAAGACCCAGCUGUCCUUAUCUCUGAGGUCCUAAGGAGGAAGUUUGCUCUGAAGGAAGAAGAUAUUAGUAGAAAAGGAAACUGACAGAACUCAGCUCUGCAAAUUCAGUCUCAUGCUCCUGGAAUUCCUUCAAUAGCUGCCUUCCUCACCACAGACCUUUUUGCCUCUCAGAAAUCUUUUGCAACAGUCUUGCCGAAAGCUAGAGCUUGGACUGAAAGAGCAAAGUUGGAUCAUGCUUCCUUUGCUUUAAACCUUAGCAGAAGCUAAGGCCUGUUUUGCACCAAGACACUUGUUACAGGUAAAUGUAUAGGUUGGAAUGUCUCCGUCCAAAGGGUGAGACAGAAGUUGGGUUUUUCCUUGCCUCUGUGUGAAAACAGGUCCUAAAUGAAUGGCUUACUUCACUGCAUUAGACCCCAUAACUGGUCUCACCGGACACUUUGUGCCCAGCCGUCACUCUCAGCGGCUUCCUUGCAGCAGAGCAGGGCUGAGGGCUGAGGGGCUAUAAAUGUUUAUAUGUGUUGACAGGGCAGGGAAAAUCUUAUGCUGCUCCAUCAUAAACUGACAUCAGUGCCCAGCAAUCACCCUCUCCCUCUUUCCUGUCCCUAGAUGUAGAGGUCAGACCUCUGGACCAGCUGACACUUGGGCUGCUGCUGGGAGGCCUGGGUUUUUUUCUUAAAUAUAUUUUGUAAUACUGUACAACCAAAUCUACCCUCCCAGGCCGUGGGGCCUCAUGGUUCCACUGAUUGAAAAUGCUUUCUCUUCCAUGGACUUUAGCUUAAGCCCAGUAGGAAAGAGAAAUGGGAAGGAGAAACAGAGCACCAUCCUUCUUCCAGGCCCUUGACUGCUCCUUUGCACUGGGCCAAGGUUUGUACCUACCACACCAUGCAUGACUCAGAAGCCCUCAGGUCCCUUUCUCUACGGUAUGUAUCCUGUGUGUGUUUGGGUUGAAGCACUACCUGAUAUUAAAUGAAGGAUAUGGAGAGACGGUGCAUGUGCUGUUUGUCUCUGCGCUGUAACCACCUGGUAUCAUGAGUAUAGGAUUCCUGUUAAUUUUAAGGUAUGUGAACUCUCAUAAACAGUUCCUGGCUUCCCCUCUUUUCUUAUAAAGUCCCGCCUACAUAAAAGAAAACUUCCGUAGGGAGCCUCUUUUCCCUUUCUGUAGGGAUUUUACCCUAAACUCUUAAGUAGUUCCAUCUUAGAACUUGCACACUUGCCCCCUAGAGGCUAUUUAAGCCUCUUAAAGUAGCACACCUGCAACAUGGGAAACUGCCACCUGGUGGAUAACAUCUUGGAUAGACACGGGUGUUAAGAUGGGACCCAUGGCAAUGAUAUAACAUAUUAACUAUUAAAAAGUUGCAUUUUCAGAAA